GUGUUUUUAUCGUCAUCUGUCAAACUGUAAAUGCUGAAAUCCGAACCAUCAUCCAGCCAGAAAAAGCUACGUCAUUGAGUUAGAGAAAUUUUCGUUUUAGUAGUAUAUUCGGUGUAGAUUUGGUUGUGCUUUGUAUUGUAGAGGAAUACCCUCAUACCCAGACACUAACGAUUAAUUCCCGUUUAAAUUAGAGUGCUUUAAAACCGUGUGCAAUGGCCGAUCAACAAAAUCCGGAAGAUCUAGCUACGGCGAUCCUUCGCAAGAAGGACAGACCAAACAGGCUAAUUGUAGAGGAAGCUGUCAAUGAUGACAAUUCCGUUGUGGCCCUAUCUCAAGGAAAAAUGGACGAGCUACAGCUUUUCAGGGGGGACACCGUUCUCCUCAAAGGCAAGAGGCGCAAGGAAACCGUCUGUAUAGUGCUCUCGGAUGAUUCUUGCAGCGACGAAAAAAUCAGAAUGAACAGAAAUGUGAGGAAUAAUCUCAGAGUGAGGCUGUCAGAUGUUGUUUCAGUUCAACCAUGUCCCGAUGUGAAAUACGGUAAAAGAAUACAUGUACUUCCUAUUGAUGACACCGUUGAAGGUCUCACUGGGAAUCUUUUUGAAGUGUACUUAAAGCCAUACUUCUUGGAGGCCUACAGGCCCAUUCACAAAGACGACGUGUUUAUUGUACGGGGUGGUAUGAGAGCUGUAGAAUUCAAAGUGGUGGAAACUGAUCCUGCUCCGUAUUGUAUUGUAGCCCCAGAUACAGUGAUUCAUUGCGAUGGAGAUCCAAUUAAACGUGAGGAGGAGGAGGAAGCUCUGAACGCUGUGGGCUACGACGACAUCGGAGGCUGUCGCAAGCAACUGGCCCAAAUCAAAGAAAUGGUUGAACUGCCCCUACGUCACCCAUCCCUCUUCAAAGCCAUCGGCGUGAAACCGCCGCGUGGCAUCCUCUUGUACGGCCCUCCCGGCACAGGAAAGACCCUCAUUGCCCGAGCCGUAGCCAACGAAACCGGCGCUUUCUUCUUCCUGAUCAACGGGCCCGAAAUCAUGAGCAAACUCGCUGGCGAGUCGGAAAGUAACCUGAGAAAGGCCUUUGAGGAAGCCGACAAGAAUUCUCCGGCUAUCAUUUUCAUCGAUGAACUGGACGCCAUUGCUCCAAAGAGAGAAAAAACCCACGGCGAGGUCGAGAGACGUAUCGUGUCUCAGCUGUUAACCCUGAUGGAUGGUAUGAAGAAAUCCUCCCAUGUUAUUGUCAUGGCAGCUACGAACAGACCUAAUUCCAUCGACGCGGCUUUGAGACGCUUUGGACGGUUCGAUAGGGAGAUAGAUAUCGGUAUCCCGGACGCUACAGGAAGACUGGAGAUCUUGCGAAUCCACACGAAGAACAUGAAGUUGGCCGAUGACGUGGAUUUGGAACAGAUCGCUGCGGAGACUCACGGGCACGUCGGGGCCGAUUUGGCGUCGCUUUGUUCCGAGGCCGCGCUUCAGCAGAUCAGGGAAAAGAUGGAUCUGAUCGACUUGGAGGACGAUCAAAUCGAUGCGGAGGUGCUGAACAGUUUGGCGGUGACGAUGGAGAACUUCCGCUACGCCAUGACGAAGAGCAGUCCCAGCGCCUUGAGAGAAACGGUGGUGGAAGUACCCAACGUCACGUGGGAAGACAUCGGAGGCCUGCAAAACGUCAAGAAAGAAUUACAAGAACUUGUGCAGUACCCAGUUGAACACCCCGAUAAGUUCCUCAAGUUUGGUAUGCAACCGUCCAGAGGAGUCCUAUUCUAUGGUCCCCCGGGUUGUGGUAAGACUUUGCUGGCCAAAGCCAUCGCCAACGAGUGUCAGGCCAAUUUCAUCUCUGUUAAAGGCCCCGAGUUGCUCACCAUGUGGUUUGGUGAGUCUGAAGCAAACGUUAGAGAUAUUUUCGAUAAGGCCAGAUCUGCCGCUCCUUGCGUGCUGUUCUUCGACGAAUUGGACUCGAUCGCCAAAUCCAGAGGCGGAAACGUGGGAGACGCCGGUGGGGCGGCCGACCGCGUCAUCAAUCAGAUUUUGACGGAGAUGGACGGCAUGGGCGCCAAGAAGAACGUCUUUAUUAUUGGAGCUACAAACCGACCAGAUAUUAUCGAUCCCGCCAUCUUGAGACCCGGCCGUCUGGACCAGCUGAUCUACAUCCCGCUGCCCGACGAGAAGUCGAGGGAGGCCAUCUUCAAGGCCAACCUGCGUAAAUCCCCCGUGGCCAAGGACGUGGACAUGAACUACAUCGCCAAGGUGACGCACGGCUUCUCCGGCGCCGACUUGACCGAGAUCUGCCAGAGGGCGUGCAAGCUGGCCAUCAGACAGUCGAUCGAGGCGGAGAUCAGGAGGGAAAGGGAGAGGGCUAGUAAUCCCGCGGCCGCCGCAGCUAUGGACUUGGACGAGGACGACCCUGUGCCGGAAAUCACGCGCGCUCAUUUCGAGGAGGCCAUGCGUUUCGCGCGUCGAUCAGUCUCGGACAACGACAUCCGCAAGUACGAAAUGUUCGCGCAAACGUUGCAACAGUCUCGCGGUUUCGGUACCAACUUCCGGUUUCCGGCCGGCGGCGGCGCCCCCAAUCCCGGCCAGGGCGGCACGGUACCGCCCCCGGUCGCUCCCGGUGACCAGGCCAACUUUGACGAUCCGGAGGACGAUCUUUACAGUUAGGAGCGGAGAGGAGGAAAGCCAGAGGAGAGAGAGAAGGAAAAGGGAGACGCGUAUUUAUUUCAAUCGUCGACAAGAGAUUGGACUAUUCUAGAUUUAAAAUAAUUAUGAUGGUUUACCUAUUUCGUAUGUGUUUUUUCAUUUAAUAGUUUUCAAUUAUCGAAAUAAAUAAUAAAAAAAAUAUACAAUUUAGA